AUGUUGCUCGAUUAUUUUAAAUUGAAUAGCGAAAAUGCCUUAGCUAGGCAGUAUUAUUAUGGAGAAAUUCCAAAACAUUUCACACAUAAAAAACAGAAAAAUGAAACAGUGUAUUUAGAUAAAUGGAAUCCACGAAAAAAACAUUUCAAUGUCAUUAGGCGUAUGUACUCUGUUAGUCCAACACAACUUGAAUUAUUCCACUUAAGAUUAUUAUUAUUACAUGUCAAAGGAGCCGUAAGUUUUGAAAGUUUAAGAACUGUUGAUAAUGUAAUACACCCUACUUUUACAGCAGCUUGCUUAGCAUUGGGUCUCAUUGAAAAUGAUGAAGAAUGGAAAAGAGCAAUAGAAGAAGGAACAAAAUGUAUGAUGCCUCAAAAACUUCGUUAUCUGUUUGUACGAAUCCUUAUACAUUGUCAACCACUUAAUCCAGAAGAAUUAUGGGACCAAUUUAAAAAUCAACUAUCUGAAGAUUUUUCUCGAUACCACGAUGAAAGCAUAAGCAAUAAAAUGGCGUACUUUCACAUUGACACAUUAUUAAAUGAAGAAGGUCGUAGUUUAGCUGACUUUCCUACAAUGAAUCAAUUCGUAGAAACAGAAUUUCCAUGUCUACACCAGUUAGCAUUUCCCAGAUCUUUGCAACCAACUGCAGAACGAGGACAAGAUCGAUAUAAUAACUUAAACCCACAACAGAAACAAAUUGUUGAUAUGGUUGUUGAAGCCGUCCAAAAUAUCAAUUAUACUGGUCCGAAACGUAUUUACAUGGAUGGACCGGGAGGGUCCAGAAAAACAUAUGUUUAUGAAACUAUAUAUUGUAAAUUAAACUCAGAAAACAUUAAAAUAUGCGCGAUGGCAUUUACCGGGAUUGCAGCUACAUUACUUCCACACGGAAAAACUGUACAUAAAACAUUUGGUUUACCAGUUCCAAUGUUUCAAGAUUCUUCUUCCAAUAUCAAAGCACAAUCUAAAGAAGCUCAACUACUACGAGAAACUAAAGUAUUUAUUUGGGAUGAAAUUUCAAUGGCUCCAAGAUAUGCUUUAGAAAUUGUUAAUAAAACUUUACAAAAUUUCAUGAAUUAUAACUUACCGUUCGGAGGAAAAGUUAUUAUAGUGGGAGGAGAUCUAAGACAAUUCUUGCCAAUUAAAGUUCAUGGAACUCGGAGUGAAAUAUUAAGUCUUUGCGUAAAAUACAGCCCAGUAUGGAAUUAUUUUACUAAAUUUUCAUUGACUACAAAUAUGAGGGUUUUACCAAAUGAAAUAGAAUUUUCAAAAUUUUUGUUCAAUCUUGGCAACGGCACGUUAAAUGAUCUAAAUGAUAAUGUAAAUCUUCCUGAGCAAUGCAUAUUACCUCAAAAUGUUAACCUGAUCGACAGUAUAUUUAGAAAAUUAUUUGAAGAAAAGAAAUUUCAAGAAAUGAGUAAAUGUGCUAUAUUAUCAGCUAGGAAUGUUGAUGUAGAUGAUAUCAAUAAACAAAUUACUAAUUUACUGAACAUUGACUCUGAACGUAUAUAUACUGCUAUUGAUGUCGUUAUUAAUAACAAUAGCGAAAUAGAUGAUGUUAUUUUACCAGAACAUUUACAUAAUUUAAAUCCUCCAAGUUUGACCCCUCAUGAAUUACGCUUGAGAAAAAAUUGUAUCAGAAGACAAUUUCCAAUAAAACUAGCUUUUGCAAUGGCCAUUAACAAAGCUCAAGGACAAACUUUUACAAAUACUGGUAUUGAUCUAAGAAGAGAUGUAUUUAAUUAUGGACAACUUUACGUAGCAAUGUCCAGAGUUAAAUCUUGGAAUUCUGUCAAAGUAUAUUUAGAAAACCAAGUAGAAACAAGAAAAGUAAAAAAUUUUGUUAACAAAGAAUUGUACGUAUAA